UGUAUCGUACAUCAAAUACUUGUUGCAACCACAAUUUCGCAUUUGUCGUCCGUACAGAUGCUCCAGCAUGGGAGAACAGCUGGACGGGUCCCCAAAAGUGGACCAGGUCGAAUUAGAGCAGAGGUUGCUAUCCAGCUCAACCAAGAAGCGCAUCGCGACGCUGGAAAAUAUUCAUCGUUCAUUGGAGAAGGAUGUUUAUGAUGAAAAGCAAGUGCAGACGCUACUGAACCUUCUCUUCGAAACGUAUCCGUUGUACAUCGAUCGUAGGUCUCGCUACGCGGUACAAGACUGCAUUGUUGCCGUGGCUGCAAGCUCGAAAGCGCCAAACUACCUGUCACAAUUUGUAGAAGUGCUCAAGGCGGAGGCUGUGAAGCCAGCAAUAGCUCCAGGAAACGCUUUUGUGCUCACCGAAUGGUUCUCCAUCCUCCUGGACCAGUUCGUACGGCAGCCACAACUAUGGAAGAAGUGGGGUUUGGACAUUGUCAAAGCAGACGCAAGUGCCCUCGAGAUAUGCAUGGGCUCAGAGGCGCGCCCCAGCGUUAAACGUUCUGCCCUUGUGGUUACACGACGUGGCCUACGGCGGGUGCUGAGUAGCAGCAUAGGAUCGAAAGAGCUUGGAGCUAUUGUGGGGGCUCUUACAGCGAAAAGCACGUCUCCUACAGCAAAAUAUGCUCCUAUUUUGGGUGUCGUAGCUGGCGUAUCGGCUCGGUUGCCCUCAGUAAAGGUUGCGUUUGAAGCGCUGAAGAAAGACUACAAUGGGUACUUCAUACGCGAAAUUAUUGGCUCAAGAACGGUAUUACCCGGACACAUCGCGAAUGGCCUUUGUGACUAUUUCGAGUGCUUUGUAACUUUGGACGAUUUGCAGAACGAAAUCAUACCUUCUGUCGAGAAGGCAAUGCUUCGCUCACCAGAGAUUGUUCUCAAUGAUCUCAUCUCGCCCAUGGUCAAAGCACUUCCAGCGGAUAUCGACUUGAGCCUGAUUCUUCAAAACAACCUCCUGAAACCGCUUUUGUCCAAUGUCAAGUCGACAAACCCCUCAAUCAAGUCUGGAGUCCUUCAGAUCUUUCAUGCUGUAGCGGCGAGGUCCCACGACGAAGUGGCAUUAGGAAAAAUAGCUGAUGAGAUCGCGAAUCCGUUGAAGACGAAUAAAGUACCAUCUGCUGACCAGAAAGUGUUGCAUGCAAAGAUGCUUUCUGGGCUACCAAGAUCUUCGAACGUGAGCAAGAAGAUUCCCUCUGCCCUUGCAACGGUUGCGGGCAAAGAGCCCAACGAAGCCGCUCUCGAUGCUGAAUCACAGGCCAUUGCAUAUCAUCUGCAGUAUUUACUUUCGCAAGGAACUCCUAUCGAGGCAACGGUGCAAGACCUAUUUGCGAAAGGAGUGGCUGAUAAGAAGCCUACUGUAAGCAAGAUAUGGGCGUUACGAUUUGCCGAUCUGAUAUGGGGCUUGAAGACCAUAGAAGGACCUAGUGUUGCCUUCGUGGUCGCAGUUCUGGCAAAGAUGCUUGAUGUUUACAAUGCAGUCGUAGCGAAUCCCCUCCCUGCAGCCCAGAGCGGUCUCGCCUCGGUGGCGAACGUUUUUGUUGCUUUGUGUCAGGAAAAAUUGCAUGAUGUGAAGGACGACAAGUUAGCAGAUCUACUCAAGAAAGCUGCUAACACAAAGCAUGCACUGAUCGCUGAACCAAAACCGUCGUUUCUGCUCAACUUCCGAGUCUAUACCAAGCUAAGUACGGAGGAAGAUCUCACGUGGGGCAUUCGGGCACUAGCUUCUAUGUCUGAUGCCGUCGCCGAGAGCAAAGACAUCGCAGUACAAGAUGCGUGGUCUCAAGGCUUCCUUUACUUCAUCACCGCCUCCGGAAUACCACACAACGCGCGUAAACAGGCAGCUCGGACAUUGUCAAGUUCAUAUCUUCGUGCGCCCGCAAAAGUUGGGUCCAUAGUGGUCAAUGGAAUUUGGCAAUGGCGACGGCAUGUUGACUUGGCUGAGAAGGAUACCGCUGCUCUAGCCGCCAAGACGGGGAAUGAUAACCUGAGAGAGGUGAUACGAUCAAUAUGCUUAUCUCAAGAUAGUGCGAAGUCACUUGGCGCAGACUCUUGUCCAGAAUAUCCAUCGGUACUCCAAAAUCAGCUCAUAGACCUCCUUGUACUGUGUCACCCGCAGCUAGUGCCACGAAUUUCGUGGAUUGACACCUGUCUAGGUGUUGGGCAAGAUCCGGGCAGACUGGUUGUAGAGAACCUAGACAAGUGCCUGGACGAGGUGAUGAAAGUUACACAAGAUUAUGUUGGCGAAGAUGCACCACGUGUCUAUUCGGCUGCGUAUGACGCUGCUGCAGAUCUUGCUUUUGUAGCUCCUGACGCUGCGAUACCAAAACUCGUCAAGCAGUUGGAGAACGAUCUUGAUUCUAAACAGCUCGCGAGCAUUGGGUCGACGGAAGCUGCGAUCUUUAGAACACCUGAAGGAACACCAUAUAUUGAUGUUCUUGCUAGCAAGAAGCAUGAAGCGCCUCUCGAUAAGACUGCAAAGGACUAUGAUAUUCUCAAGUUUGAGGCCGAGUUGCGUGCUCAGAUUGCGCAGAAGAAGGGCACCACCAAAAAAUUGACUCCGGACGAGCAAGCAAAAGUCAAGGCGCAGCUGGAAAAGGAGUCAGCCAUUCGAAAGGAAGUUGCUAAGAUAGACAAGAAGCUGAGGCGUGGUAUCGGCUUUAUCCAUUCACUAGCGACGACCUGGCCAACUGAAGCGGAGCUGUGGAUUGUGCAAGCCGUUGACUUGCUCAGCGAGGUGAUCGAAGCUGGCGCUGGCCUUGUUGUUGGCGACGCGGCAGCGAUGGCUUAUUUGGAUUGCGCGGAGAGUGUUACGCAACGCUUAGGGGCGCUUCGAAAGUUCAUUGGUGUCGCGACUCUACGUGCUAUUGGGGUCACACAGCUGCCGCAGGAACUGUUGGUCGAGCCUCUACAAGAACUGAUUACACGCGUACUAUAUCGUCUGAGGUUUCUUGGGGAACAGCGUCCAUUUGACACGGUCACUUUGGCGUACAUUCUACCUCUAGUUUUUCUGGUCUUGCAGAAAGGUGGUUACGCAGCAAAAGACAGCGAAGAGGCCGAUGAGCAGCUUGUGCUUGCUCUUGAAUUCGUCGCUUGCCAUACAGAGGUCGCUGCAAAUCCAAGAUUGCCGAGGAAGAAACUUCUCAAUUCUCUCAUUACAUCAAUGCAGAGAUACACACAGCAUUACAAGCUGAUUAAAGAUUGCUUCUUGGACUACUGCCACAAUCUAAAUCCGACCAUUACAGAUGAGGAGAUCGCAGUCAUUCUCAGAGGUACAACUGUACCAGAAGUUCCAGUCAGAACAGCGAUUCUACAGGCGAUCGACGAGAAACUUGAUCUGUCGGACAUGGGCUUCUCGCAGGAGAUCUGGUUGGCGUGCCAUGACGAUGUGCCUGAGAACGUUGAGCUUGCGCAGACCAUUUGGGAAGAAAGCGAAUUCAACGACGCCGCUGACACAGCUGUCAAUACUUUACCCUAUCUUGAAUCCGAGGAUCGUCAGUUGAAGAGAGCCGCAGCACGUGCUUUAUCUGAAACAGUGUCCCACUUCAUGGACAGUUUUGCCACUGUUCUUGAGAAACUUAAAAGUAUCUACGUAGAAAAAGCGAGGCCACUGGUACCUGAACGAGACGAGUAUGGCAUGGUACGAAAGAAGGAAGUGAGGGAUCCUUGGGAAGCCAGAAGCGGUGUUGCACUUGCCUUCAAGGAGCUCGCUCCAAUUUUCAAAACGGAUGAGUUGGUCGGCUUUAUACGCUUUUUGGUUGACAAUGGCCCUCUUGCUGAUAGACACGAUACCGUGCGAGACGAAAUGAUUGAAGCCGCUACGAGUAUCAUUUCCAUCAAAGGUGGUACAAAAGUUGAGGAGCUUAUGGAAAUUUUUGAGAAUGCGCUAGAAGGACCUGAUCGAGGCACGGAAGGCGACAAGGUAAACGAAGCCGUCAUCAUCCUCUACGGCUCCCUUGCUCGACAUCUAAAGACUGGUGAUAAACGAGUACCAAAAGUCGUGCAGCGACUCUUGACGACUUUGAGCACGCCUUCUGAGACCGUUCAGUAUGCAGUUGCUCUGUGCUUACCGCCUCUAGUACAAACAUCAUCCGAGCAAACCGGUGGCUAUGUACAGCAAAUGCUCGAUGAGCUACUCAAUUCGAAAAAAUAUGCCAAUCGUCGCGGGGCUGCAUAUGGUUUGGCGGGUAUCGUGAAAGGCAAGGGCAUCUUUGUCCUUCGCGAGUUCAGGAUUAUGUCUACGCUUUCGGCUGCCGUUGAGAACAAAAAAGAUGCUGGACAGCGACAAGGCGCCUUUCUUGCAUACGAACUGCUUGCUUACAUUCUUGGCCCUAUCUUUGAGCCGUAUGUGAUCCAGAUCGUUCCACAUUUGCUCGCCGGAUUUGGAGAUGCGAAUGCGGACGUCCGAGAUGCUUGCUUAGAUGCUGCUAAGACCUGCUUCUCCAACCUCAGCUCCUUUGGUGUUAAGCAGGUCCUCCCAACGUUGUUGGAAGGUCUAGACGAGUCGCAGUGGAGAAGCAAAAAGGGUGCCUGUGAUUCUUUGGGUGCUAUGGCAUAUCUCGAUCCACAGCAGCUUGCCAUCAGCUUACCGGAGAUAAUCCCACCUCUUACUACUGUUCUUACUGACAGUCAUAAAGAGGUCCGAUCAGCAGCUAAUAAGGCGUUGCAGCGGUUUGGUGAAGUCAUCAGUAAUCCGGAGAUAAAGAGCGUCGUCAACAUCUUACUCAAGGCUCUCAGCGAUCCUACCAAAUAUACGGAGGAAGCCCUCGAUGCACUCAUCAAGAUCAACUUCAUGCACUUCCUCGAUGCACCUUCUCUCGCUCUUGUUGUGCGAAUCCUCGAACGUGGACUCGGGGAGCGUUCGGCAACAAAACGAAAAGCCAGUCAAAUCAUCGGCAGUUUAGCACAUCUCACAGAACGAAAGGACCUUAUCGCUCAUUUGCCAAUCCUUGUUGCCGGUUUACGAGUGGCCAUAGUCGAUCCGGUCCCAACAACGCGGGCUACUGCAUCAAAAGCCCUUGGCUCAACAAUCGAGAAGCUUGGAGAAGACGCAUUACCAGAUCUCAUUCCAAGUUUGAUGAACACUCUCAAAUCGGACACUGGUGCUGGAGACCGUCUGGGUUCUGCCCAGGCACUUUCGGAAGUCCUUGCCGGUCUGGGCACCCAACGGCUCGAGGAAACGUUGCCAACAAUUCUCCAGAAUGUUGCAAGCUCGAAACCUGCCGUGCGCGAAGGUUUCAUGUCGUUGUUCAUCUUCCUGCCAGCUUGCUUUGGAAACAGCUUCUCAAACUACCUCAACAAGAUCAUUCCACCUAUUCUUACAGGUUUGGCAGACGACGUCGAGAGCAUCCGCGAGACAGCUUUACGAGCGGGAAGAUUACUCGUCAAAAAUUUUGCUACGAGAGCUAUCGACUUGUUGCUCCCUGAGCUUGAGCGUGGUCUCGCCGAUGACAAUUACCGUAUUCGUCUCAGCUCUGUCGAACUCGUCGGUGAUUUGCUCUUCAACCUCACGGGCAUUUCUGCAAAGGCUGAACAGGACGAUGCUGAAGAAGGGGCAGCUGAGGCUGGUCAAUCUUUGCUUGAUGUUCUCGGUGAAGAACGCAGAAACCGUGUGCUGUCAGCAAUCUACAUUUGCCGUUGCGAUACUUCUGGCCUUGUUCGAUCAGCGGCCAUCACAGUCUGGAAGGCUCUUGUCGCUACACCUCGCACGCUCAAAGAGAUUGUUCCUACGCUCAUCCAACUCAUCAUCAGACGACUAGCAAGCUCGAACAUGGAACAAAAGGAGAUUGCUGGUAAUGCUCUGGGAGAGCUUAUCCGCAAAGCGGGAGACGGAGUCAUGGCUACGCUUCUGCCAACCUUGGAAGAAGGUCUGCACUCAACAGAUACGGACGCUAAGCAGGGUAUCUGCAUUGCUCUUCGUGAGCUCAUCUCUAGUGCAAGCUCGGAGAGCUUGGAAGAACAUGAGAAGAGGCUCAUUAGCGUUGUUCGUACUGCGCUUGUUGACUCUAACAGCGAUGUUCGUGAGGCGGCAGCUGAAGCUUUCGAUUCACUGCAGAAGAUCCUGGGCAAGAAAGCGGUUGACCAGGUUCUGCCCUAUCUUCUCAAUCUUCUACGUUCUGAUGAAAACGCAGAGAACGCACUUGCAGCUCUCCUCACUCUGCUAAAUGACAGCACAAGAUCGAAUAUUAUCUUGCCUAAUCUGCUGCCAACUUUGCUAACUACUCCAAUGACUGCGUUCAACGCGAAGGCCGUUGCAAGCUUGGCCGAAGUAGCAGGAGGUGCCAUGACGAGGAGAUUGCCCAACGUCUUAAACACGCUAAUGGAUAAUAUUGUGGCAUGCAAAGAUGAGGAACUUAAAGAUGAUCUGGAAGAAGCCUUUAAUGGCGUGCUUCUCUCGAUUGACGAGUACGACGGCUUGAAUACAGCCAUGGCAGUAAUGCAACAGCUUGUCAAGAACCCUGAUCAUCGUAAGCGAGCGUGUGCUGACCUGCAUCUUGCGAAGUUUUUCGAGGAGUGGGAAGGUGAUAUGUCGAGAUACUAUCCAGAUAUGAUUCGAUCCUUGCUCCUGUCGUUUGACGAUUCAGACGUUGACGUUGUGAAGGCAGCGUGGACUGCACUGAACGCUUUGACGAACAAACGCUUAAAGAAAGAGGACAUGGAAGGUCUUGUACACAGUACAAGACAGGUGCUUCAACAGGUCGGUGUGGCUGGGCACAACCUUAGGGGCUUCGAAUUGCCGAAAGGCAUCAACGCUAUCCUGCCUAUUUUCCUGCAAGGCUUGAUGAACGGAACAAGCGAGCAGCGUACGCAAGCAGCGCUCGCUAUCGCGGACAUCAUCGAUCGCACGAGUCCGGAUGCUCUCAAGCCGUUCGUGACCCAAAUCACAGGUCCCUUGAUUCGUGUCAUAUCCGAGAGAAGUGUCGAGGUGAAGAGUGCUAUAUUAUACACGCUUAACGCUUUGUUGGAGAAGAUUCCGACUUUUCUCAAGCCGUUCUUGCCUCAGCUGCAGAGGACUUUUGCGAAAGCCUUGGCGGAUACAACGAGCGAGACGCUCAGGAUCAGAGCGGCCAAGGCUCUCGGUACAUUGAUUACGCUCACACCUCGUGUGGACCCUCUUAUUGCCGAGCUAGUUGCAGGAAGCAAGACCCAGGAUGCCGGAGUUAGGGCAGCUAUGUUCAAAGCGCUCUAUGAAGUGGUUAGCAAAGCUGGCGCUAAUAUGAACGAGUCUAGCAGGACGGCGAUACUAGGAUUGAUCGACACAGACACUGAAGGGGAUGAUUCAAUGACGAUUACCAAUGCAAAGCUGCUUGGAGCACUGAUCAAAGUAUUACCCGAAGAUGUAGCAGCAACCUUGAUCAACAAUCGUGUUCUUACUACUCACUUCAGCAAGCCCUCAAUAUUAAGCCUGAAUGCCAUUCUUGCGGAAAGCCCUGACAGUUUGGUGGCGGACUUCUGUGAGGAGACGGUUAAGGUGAUAUGUGCAGGAAUCAAGGACAGUAACCCCUCCAUUUCCGAGAAUGCCAUUCUGGCUGCGGGCAAAUACCUCCUCACUUCAAACAGCGAUAAAUCCUUCGAAGUCACGAAACCAAUUUUUGAAGCACUUGCUUCUGUAAUCCCUCCUGGCAAUCCUUCUGACGUUAGACGGCUAGCACUGGUUGUUCUUCGUACUGUGGCGCGAAAUUCCAAUGAGCUUGUCCGCCCUCAUCUUGCACUCCUCACACCGCCGAUAUUUGCAUCUGUGCGCGACAUGGUUAUUCCGGUCAAGCUUGCUGCAGAGGCAUGUUUCUUAGCACUAUUUGACGUUGUCGAAGAAGAAUCGAAGGUUUGGGAGAAGUAUCUGGCAAGCAAAGAAGCUGAGGCGAUACCGACAGGCCAGAAACGGAUGAUGCAGGAUUACUUCAGGAGGGUUGUCAUAAGACUGGCAGGCCAGGCCAAAGAGAGGAAGGAGGCGGAAGGUGGGGCAGGCGGGCUGGGUUUGAGUGGAGACGAAGUUGAAGAUGAGAAGGAAGUCUGGAGCGUGGGAAGAGUCGAUCUUGGAGAAGGGACAUUCAGCGAUGAGUGAGGCCGAAGGUCCUGACAUUUAUACAUCAUAGUGUCGAUGCUUUGAGCAACCAAGCGGUGCUUGUCGAGCAUUUCCCCCAGGCGUUAUGGCCAGGAAAAAUGAGACAAAAUAGGAUCAUUGUGGACAUGGUGAAUACUAAGUUACUUGGCCACAAAAAAAGCCCGUUUUCGGCCGAACAGCGCACCUGUAAGAUAUUGUCUUUUGCCUUGAAAUCUUGCUUAGCAUCUUCUC